CGCCGCUUGCGCAGAUCGCUUUAUAUUGCGCAAGCGCCGGCGAACCGUCACUCCGACCUUAGUGCGUGCCGUAAACGCCCGCGCGGACCUUCACAGACCUGAUCCACUGUCGCGGGAUAUUUUGUCUUAAAUUGAUCAAUCAGUGUUCAACAACCGACAAUGUCUCCGAGCGUAUUGCCCCUUCUGCUGGCCUGCUUGGUGUCGGCUUCCACUGGGCAGGACUCUACCUCCACGGAGAAUAGCGGCAAUAAAGUCAGCAACUUCUUCAACGGAGUCAACAAGGGUAUCCAGAAGGAAAUUGCCGAUGCCAAGCACCCCGUCGAGGUGGCUGCCACUUAUAUUGGAUCCAGUCAAUGCUCAAACGUGAAGAAGAUCGUCGGAGUGUCGUACGAAUCAUUCGAGGGUGACAAGGAGCCUGAUCUAAGCCAGCUCACACUUGACUAUAUCACCAGUGACUACACAAUAACGUACAAGAUAGACUCGGCGGCGCGCUCCAUCCCGCAGUCCAAGGACUACGACCCUCACCAGAAGCUGUUCAUCUUCUUCCACGGGUUCACUGACGACCCCACCCAGGCUGGGUUCAGUAACAUCAGCACUGCUCUGUUUGCCACUGGUCACCACAACGUCCUGGGGCUGGACGCCAGCUCCCUCAUCAAGUGGCUUUACCUGCGCUCCUCUACCUACGUGAGGUACAUCGGAGAGAAGAUGGGAGAGGUGGUGGCUGCGCUGGUGCAGAGCGGAGUAGACCCGGAUCAGAUCCACAUAAUCGGGCACAGUCUGGGCGCCCAUAUCUCCGGGUUCACCGGCAAGCAGUUUAAGAAACUCACCGGACUACAGGUGGCUCGGAUUUCAGGUCUGGACCCCGCCGGUCCUUGCUUCAGCCAUGUGGACGAAGACCUGCGGCUGCUGAAGACGGACGCCAAGUUUGUGGACGUCAUUCACAGCGACGGUGGCGUGUUCGGGCUUAUUGAUCCUAUUGGACACGUGGACUACUACCCCAACGACGGGUCCCAGCAGCCUGACUGCCUGUGGCAGACCUGCAGCCACAGUCGCUCCUGGCUCUACUACACGGAGUCCGUGCUGAACAACGACGCGUUCCCGGCUGUCAAAUGUGACAACUGGGAAGACUUCAAGAAGGGAGACUGCGGCGAUGAGCUCAGCUAUAUGGGAUUCCCCUCCGAGCCCGGCACGACGGGCAAAUACUACCUGCAGACGGCUGGAGAGUCCCCCUUCGGACUCGGCAUCAACGGUACCACUUAUCAGAACGACGAGGGUGUCGCCAAAAAAGUAUGGAACACUUUACUUGGCUAGAUGUUCUGUUUAUACCUAAAUAGUACGUAAUUUACAUUUUGAAUGACAUCUGAAGCAAAAACAAAACAAGGUAUGCUCAAAAGUGACAGCUGACAAUUUAAGGUUAGCCGCGCUGACGUCAUCUCACGAUCUGUUGCCAUUUUUUAAAAUAAAUUACCCACGACUGAUGUUUUUAAUUUACUUUGCAAGGCAAUUUUGAACUUUUAGUAACAGACUUACAUACAGUUUUAAUGAUUUUCAUAAUAUCACAUAUGUGUCAAGUGACAGUACCUAAUUGAGUACGUUAGUCAGUAAUUCGCUUAAUUUUCAAUAAUAAAAUUUAAGUCCUUAGAAUGUUGGAGAUACCAAUUUAAUGGUAACACUUACGUCAUCAAACCUAGCAAUGGCGGCUUGUCAUAGGAUUGAGCGUAUGCUCAAAAAAAAAAUAGUAUUAUUUUUUAUUAUACCACCAACCUAAUUUGACAGGACUAAAACUAGCUAUAUCUCUCUUGCGCUUAUUGUAAGUUGUUCUAUCCAAUAUAACACCUCCACACUGUUAUUUAUAAUUAUAUGUUAACUUAGUGCCAAAUAAACGUAAUACAUGUUAUUAUGUCACUUAUAAUUCGACAAUUUAAUAGAGAUUGUUGAUUUAUUUUAAGUUGUCUGUUACCGCAUAUAACAACUGUUGUUAUCAUUUGACAUAAUAUUUUUUAAUAACAAACUUUUUGCUAACAUCACAUUUUUUGUGUUCCAAGAUUUAAGAAACUUGCCAAUGUAAAUAAUUAUAGGAAAUCAUUUUUCGUUCUACUUUUGUUUUUCUCUCGACUUUGUAAACUCUUGUGUUGUGUUAAAACUGAUACAUUAUGUUUAUGAAUUGUUAAAUACAUUUUAACUUGCGUAAGUAAAUAUAAGUAUCGUUGUUUUACAAUUGUAUAAUAUAUGUAAUGUUGUGACAGUACAAAUAAAACAAAAAUAUAUUUUUUAAACAAA